CACAAAUUCACUCAAGAAGACAGCUUCUCUUCUUCUCCAUCUGGGAAUAUACACGUUUCUAUAAUACUAUUCCAGAUUGAUGAAUGAGAAUCGUCUUCUAUUACACGAACACCGCCAACUACUGUCGCCCUCUGAAGGUUCUUUGUUCUAGAAUUAUUAUAUCUCGAACUUCGCCCUUCACCCUUCGCCAGCCACCUCUCGCCACCAUCAACCUGCAAGGUGAACGUGACAGCUUUUCUGGUGAAUUCUGGUGAAUAGUGCCUGAAGCAUCUUGUUCACCGUGUGACUACGAGACCGACCUACCAACAUCAUACCACCGGAGGCGAAGUUUGAUUAUUACCAAUGAGCCACAUCCAAACCGAAAGCCCAUUUACGCCUCUCAAGAUAGCUUAAGCAUCUAAAACAAGGAUAUAUAGAACUCUGUGGUGCUGCCGUAUUUCGAUACACUCUGAUACAGAUAACACGGCUGCCCCAGGCCCGGUGCGUUCGAAAUGGUCGUCGACGAAAUGGAGAUCUCCUACGACGGGCAGGAUGUCGACGAUGAUAUCGAUAUCAACAUAGACAUCGAGCCCGGAAAUCACGAUGAGGACUUCAUCAUUGAAGACGCCAGAUCAGAAGCAGGCACAAACAACGAUGAUGUGAUGCUUGAUGAAGAUAAUGCAUCCUAUAACAUGGAAGAUGCUGAUUAUGUGCCCGAAGAGGAGCUCCAGGAUGUCAUUGACACGGAGACGAUUGAGGUUUCCGAACAGGAAAUGCUGAGGCCCCACGAUACUGAGGAACAUACCUUUCCCUCCAACGCCGCCCCGAGCCCACUCCAGAGUGAGGACCGUUACACAGAUAUUAAGCCUGCGGAUGACACGAUAAGUUUCGCAGAUGCUGUUCAAGCUGAAGAACUCCAACCUGAAGAAGUUUCUAAAAUAGUUGAAGAAUUUGCAGCACAACCGACACCGUCUCCCACCAUUCAUAAGGAAUCACCACCCGUAUCAAAUGAGAAACCACAGGAAGUGGAAAAUAUAAACCCACCAAGCCCACCCCAAGUCCCGGAAGAACAGGAGCAAGAACAAGAAAAUGGCGAAGCAUCCAACGUUGAUGAGAAUGGACAGAAGGUGAAUGUUGAACAAGAUUUGAUAUCUGAGGAGCGUAAUAUCACCGUGGGCUAUCAAGGUUCUGAAUACGCGCUGGUGGCAUCGUCUGAGUCCGAUGACCCAGAUUCCUACUUCUUGAAAGAUUCAUCUGUGCUGAAGGAACCACUAUCUGCCCUUUUUGCUGUCCUGCGAGACAUCCUCCAUGACGAAAUUCCUGCUGGUGAUGAACUAGUGUUCACAAUCGAUGAUUUGGGAUUGGAAACCUGUGAAACUUCUACUGCUAAUAGCGAAAUAUCGUUUUCUCAAAUCGCGGAUCUUCACACCACCCUUGUUCGCAACGAUGGCGCGGACAUUUUGCCAUCGCUCUUCGUGACUCUAGCAACUAAAUCUGAGUUUGGUCGAUUUUUUGCAAAUUUAGCUGAGGAUGCGCGGCAAGGUAAAGGACUACAGGAGGUAGCUAAGUCUUGGAACGAGGAUAACGGACUGGAGCUUUGGGGAGAGUCAGAGGCAUACGAUAUUAAUGGCGUUGACGCCGACGGAAGUGAACACCUGGAAAAUUUUGAACUGGGAGAAGAUUGGACAGAAGUUGGUUCUGUCCAAGAUAUUUCUCCAGGAUCCCCUGCCCUGGAGGCACCGACAGAAGAAGAAAAACCUACGACUUCAGAUGUAGCUGAACCUGACACAACCGAAGUUCCUACCGUGGUGGAGGAAAAUGAGCCAAGUGAGCCAACGAACGAGAAGCAUGAUGCGGAAUUGACCAAACCCGAAGCAAAUGGCAACCAUGAAGAAGAGGAAGGAGGUGGUGAUCUUAUUGACUACGACGACGAAGAUUACGCGCAGGGCGGGAAUGUAGUCGAAACUGCCCCAAAGCAGGAGCAGACCGACUACGAACAACCUGCCCCUGCAGCGGAACACCAAGUUGCCGAUGAAAUUCCCGAUAAGAGCCGGCGUUCGAGCUCGCAAACAAUUGAUGGAGCAAAUGAAACUGAUGCUACUGCACAACCGAGUAUAGAUGUCCCUGGAGGUGUGAAUGGGGCUGUAGAUUCCACAAAUGAUGUUGCCUCUACUAAUGAGAAUAUUGGCCAAGAAGCCGAAGUGGGCGAAGAUCUUGAAGCUGCUGCUGGUGAUGAAUAUGACCAUCAAGCUGAAGUAGACGAAAGUUUUGAAGCUGGUGUUGAUGAGAAUGAGAAUCAAGCCGAAGCUGGCGAAACCUUUGAAACUGGUGCUGAGGAGAGUGAGCAUCAAGUUGAAGUGGGCGAAGAUUUUGAAGCCGGCGCUGAUGAACAUGAGCAUCAAGACAAUGGAGAAUACGAGAGAGAAGUCCCAUAUGAAGACGAGGUGGAUGCAUCUUACUACGUUGAAAAUGAAGAUGGCCAUGUUCAAGAGACAAAUGGCGAAACAGAACAUGGCGAAGAAUCAGGCCAUAUUAACAUUGAUACCGAGGCGACAGCUUCUGACACCCAGAAUAAUAAAAACGCGGAGAAUGAAGGGGGUGAAAUAAGUUACGAAGACGACGAUGUUGAUGGGUCGUUGUCUGCUCUCGUUGAGAACGACGAGGCAGAUGAUAAACCUGCGGUAACAGGCUCCAACCAGAACCAUAAAGAGGAGACGGAUGAGAUCGAUUAUGAAGAUGACGACGAGGUUAGCCUGUUUGUAGGCUCAGGACCCACGACACCUGCGAAAUCACUGGUACCAGGGAAGAGGUCACAUGAGGAGGAUGGGGAGGCGAAUGGUAUUGACGGUCAAGAAGCAAAGCGUCCCCGUUCAUGAUCGGAGAUGCUUGUUUAUACGUCAAUGAUGUGCUUACGCAUGACUAUCAACGUCCUCAUCCUAACUUGUUUGCCUUGAGAACUGGCCAUUACAUUUCCCCGAAGAGGAGCUCGAGCACUCUGGAAGUGCACGUCAGUAACCAACACCGCCAUUAUGAUCUGCUGCUCUAGCACAGAACAUCGACAUAUCUGACAUCGACGAGGUUAUGGAUGGAAAAUGCGAGUUGAUCGCUAAUUCGCAUAGGUAUGUUACUCAUCACACUGACACUGCACCCCUUUACCCCCUGCUUUCCCAUUAAUCAUUCAAUACCCCUUCUUCGUUUGUAUCAAAAUCUUGUAAUAUCUAUAAGGCCUCCACUUUUCGCCACUGCGAAAAGCUCUAAGCAAGUGCGAGAGCAUUUUUUGGUCUUUUCUGCGUUUUCUUGCUUCUUCAUUUGCAUUGCACGGCUUCAAAAUGGGUUUCUCGGAUGGGCGGAUGGAGUUGGGAAUGGGAUGGAGCAUACAAACUUCUUCUCUCGGAAAUAAGAUCGAUGAGGAAAGAGAGAUCCUGGCCACUUCCAUAUGUAUCGUAUUGGCGGGCCGUGGUGGAGUGGAUCGCAUGCGCGUCCUCGAGCGCUGGGGAGGAAUUUGCCCUAUCGGUAUUGAAAUGUGGGGACGAUGGAGGCUGUGUUUGGACUACAAAGUUUAGCUUCACGUGAAUUGCGAUUCAUACCACAAUUACGGAAUGUUAAUCCCCAUACACUGAAGGCGAGGCCAUGGAGCCCAAAUAUUUAAUUGCUGCUAAAGACCGAAUGCUAUACAACAGUGAUAUCUACUGUAAAUUACCGUUGUAGUAGCAUACGUAAUAUACUAAUCCACGAACUUAUUGAAUAGAUCUUCGUACGUACUGUAAAUCAAAUUGACG